UGCCAAAUUUAUACGGAAAAAAUGUUGGUGCGACGUUCACACGUUGCCUCCAACACUUGGUAGAAACGUAAUCGUCUUGGGACAGCAGGCCCACUAUUAUUUUAGUGCAAAAUACCUCUCGGAAUUAGUAUUUUAAUUGUACCACGACAUAUUUAAUUUAUGGUCAAUGAUUCGCACCUUCACUUUUUUCAUCUGAAUAUUUUAAUUCAAAUCUACAACUUCAACGCUUCAUUGAAAAGAGCAAGUAUGACUUUGACUGUUAAUCGAGUUGUCGAGGCCAAAGGAUUAACAGAGGGACCACAUUGGGAUCAUCGUACACAAAAACUUUUUUUCGUCGAUAUUUGGGGUAACAAAAUUUGUCGAUUUGAUCCAGCUACAUCAAAAGUUACCUGUGCUUAUAUAGCAAAUGGACCAGUUGGUGUAGCAAUUCCCAUUGAUGAUGGAGCAAAUCAUUUUGUCGCCGGUUCAGGUGUCGAUGUUGUUUUAGUUACAUGGGAUGGUGAAACUAAUUCUACAAAUCCUCCUAUUAGAAAAUUAAAAAGUGUUAAUAAAUUUAAUGAAGGCACUAGAUUUAAUGAUGGCAAAGCGGAUUCAUUUGGCAGAUUUUGGGCAGGUACAAUGUCUGAAAUAAAAGGAGAUUUUAUGCCUAAUGGAGGAGAAUUUUAUUGUAUGGAUAAAAAUUUAACAUUAACGACACAAAUUACACCAGUUUCAAUUAGUAAUGGUUUGGCGUGGAAUUUAGAUGAUGAUACAUUUUAUUACAUAGAUUCACCGACAAAACAAAUUGUUUCCUACGAUUUUGAUCCACAAAAAGGAUCCAUUGCCAACAGAAAAGUAGUUUUCGACUUGACGAAAAAUAAUUUACCCGGUGUUCCUGAUGGAAUGACAAUUGACUCGAAAGAUAAUCUUUGGAUUGCAUUAUUUGGUGGUUCUCAGGUGAUUCAAGUUAAUCCAAAAACUGGAAAAUUACUUCAAUCGAUACCAAUUCCAGCGAAAAGAGUGACGAGUGUCACUUUUGGAGGGCCAAUGUUGGAUAUUUUAUACGUUACGACUGCAGGAAACGGUUUUGCAAAUCCUGCAGAAAAAACACCUGAGGAUGAUAUGCAAGGUGGAUCAAUUUUCGAAAUCAAAGGAACUGGCGCUCGAGGCGUUUUAUCGAACAGUUUUAAAAUGAGUGACGAUUAAAGUAAAAAUUUUAAUUUCCAUUGCAAUAAUUUAAUUAUUAUUUUAAAUUAAUGAAUAUAAUUCAAUAUUAAAUAAUUAGAAACGGUAUUUCAAAAAAAAGACAAAAUUAAAAAAACAAUCCUUUUAUUUACACAAUAAGCAUUUUUAUAACAAUAUAUAUUAUUUUUAAACAUAGUUAACAAUACACGAUAAAUUUAAAUAAUAUCUUGCGAAAAUAUAUUUAAGAGGCAUUUAAAUAUUUUUCCCCGAGAGACAAAAAUACAUUAUUAUUAUUAUUA